CAAAAGUCAAUAUUUCAAAAAAAUCUAAAACGGUAAUAUGAAAAUUAAAGUAUUGUAUUUACAAAUUUAAGUCAAGUUUUUGGAUAUUUCCUUUCUUCAUCAAUAUUUUGACAAGAUUUAUAGCGUGAGCAACCAUAGCUCCAUAAGUCAAACGCCAGUUUGUGAAAAAAAGUUCAGAGCAAAUCAAAUAACUAUACGCGAACAAUGUCUGACGAUACUUGCUCGAGUAAUGAUGAGGAGAGUCUGACAAGCAUGACCUAUGAAGUGGAUGCAACGCUACGAAGACUAUUAAGAGCUGAGCUUGAUGAAAGGGAAGAGGAGCGUGAAGACGAUGUUUCCGACUUUCGUGACUCGAACACAUCAUCCUGGAUUGACGUGGAGGAGAACGAUUCGGAAGAAUCCGUUGAGACCGAGCCUAUGACCACACAAGCAAACGACUCGGGUUUGGAUCUACGACCAGUGCAGGCCUCCAUCGAUCUGAGAAUUCGUCUACCCGCCAACUGGCGUGAGUAUUAUUCACGUUUACGGACUUAUCGACAGAGAUUACAAUCGCGUCAUGGCAGAACGUCGAGAGCAAUGGACGCUGGUCGUCUGCGCGGUGGACAGCCCGAUCGAGGACAUCCCGUUCCUGCACUGAUUGAUCCUCAAUAUGGGUUAAUUUAUAUGGCCAGCGAAUCGGAAUCCGAAGAAGAGGAGAUACUGAGAUCGUGGCCAAUGGUGCCACGUCGUGGCAACAGCAUCAGCGAUCUCAGUGAAUGCAGCAGCGAUGAUGAACAGCAAAAAAAUUCAGAGCAAAGCAUUUAAUGAGAACUCGUCAAAAAUAUUGAUGUCAAGUGUAACUACUUCCAAAGAUAUAGUGAUAAAAUAGGCUCGAAUAAAUAUUAGCAUAAAUAGAAUGGCGAAAUGGGCAUUUUAUAUUUUUGUUUGAAUAGCUUCGGAGUAAAUAAAUUUAACUUUGCUUAUCGAAUGUUUUUGGAGAUGCCAAGGUUACUAGGUGAAUUAAUCGAAAUCAAAAGUUGUAUUGUAGUAAUAAUAAUCUAUCGAAAUUGCAAUACAUCGUAAUCGAUUUCUACUCAAAGUUCACAUAAAACAAGUUGGCAGCACUUUUAUUUGAUUGCAAUUGCGGUUUUUGCACGUGCUUGGAAAAUGUCCGACGACGAUUCAUGUGCUGAAGAAGUGGAAACUAUUCUGCGCAACCGAAUGUACUGUAUCUCUGUGAUUCGAGAUGAAUCGUCAUCACCAUCAUCGACCAACUGCAGCUAUUCAUCAACCUCGGAAUCGGAUCUCGACAUUAAAGAGGAGUACCAAUUGGUUGACAGCCCUGCACGCACACAAACUGUGUCGAAUCUGUCUCAAUUCAACGACAUGGUUUCCCUGGAAUACGAUGCAAACUAUUUGGCAACACCAGGCUUAAUCAGGGCACGUCGUACCUCAUGGCCUUCGGAGUCGUCCAUGUGGCACGUGACUGGCACCCCGAGGUGUGGCAAAGUACUUCCUGGGUGGCAAUACGGAAGAAAACGUAUUUGGUUAAUCGUUUUGUUUGUAAUUAUCUUAGUGCUUAGCAUGCCAUUCGUGAUACGUGAACUAUAUACAUGGAAAUGUUUGUUAUACUUAAGAUAUCAAAACUAAAACUUCUGAUCUUUAUUUCUGUUAUUUUGAUUUUCUAAGAACUCUGUACAGCUUUUGAUUAUAAUUGAAAGUUUUGAAAAUCUUUUUUUGUUAACAAUAAAUCUUUUACUUGUCUUCUUUUCUUUUGAUAGUCCAA